UUUGAUGUUUGUGCUGAAAGAGAAACUAACCUAUAAUUUAUUCUGCUUUUGAAAUAGCAGUCUAUUGUAGUAUUUUUGUGAACCUUUUCUAAAUUUAAAUUAAAAAUGUCUUUUGAUACUAAUUGGGAUGUUGAAAAAUAUAAAUCUGAAUUUGAUGCAGAAGAUCAUUGGAACCUUAGGAAGUCGUUUCUGCUUGCACAUAAGGACAAGUAUCCUGAAGAAAAGCUGAUAUGUUUGGCUCAAGUCUUUUACAAUGUAGAAUUUCUAGGAUGCAAGUACCCAGACAAAACGAUGAAACUCGUCGAAGAGCUUUCGAAAGAUAUAGCAGCCGAACACCGCGAGGAGAAGAAGUCGAAAUUACAGCGGACAUUUGUGACUGCAUCGGACGCUGCCGGUGCUAGAGUCAAGGGAACCAAACAUAUUAAGUGAAAUUUCCAUGUAUUUCAAACAAUAAUUACAGUGCAGUUGAAGUUCCACAAACUAAGAUUACAUUUAAUAUAA